ACUGUUUUUUCCGAGCGGAUAAAAAUGUUAAAAAAUUACAAAAUUUGAUCGAUGGCGUGUGUUAAACGGAUCAUCAGUUGAAUUCAAUUGUCUGCGACGGGCCAAAAAAACAAUUCGAUGGACGCGGACAUGCAAAUUGGUCACGGAGCCAACCCGGAAGUGGAUCAAUAAAAAGAUCGUGAGUGAUGGGGGUGGCCCUUGUUUGGGAAUUUUCAAGGUGAAUCGACUGGGCAAAGUCUCUGGCCGGCGGCGGGGGGGACGACGUAUUCAACAGCGGAGGAAUAAGUCAGCGCGUAGUCGGUGCAACGCCUUCGCCCGGAGCAAGGCCGUCCGAAUGUCGAAUCUUCAGCUGCACAUGCACAGCCACUCUCCUUUUCUUUCCCAUCUUCCCUAAUUCAGGGUGUGGUCAUGGGGGGGACAAAGGAAUACUAUACUAUCCCGCCCCUAUUGCUUGAUUGCUAAACGAACCAGUCAGGUGGGCGACUAUAAAAGAGUCUGCUGGCAGUCCGUCAACAGCAUCCUCCUCGAGCUCUUCAAUCUUCACGAGAAUCACAAUGAAGUCCACGAUUGCCUGUCUGUUGGUGUUGGCUGUUGCCGCCCAAGCUCAAUACUGGAAUGGAUACGGAUAUGCUGGAUAUGCUGGAUUCUACGGAAACUACGGUGGAUACUAUCCCUACGCCGGAGUUCGUGCCACCACGGCCUACACCGGAAUCCCCGCAACUGCCGCCGUCCCCGCCGCCUAUCCCGUCGCUUACGGCUACCCCUCACACACGGCCACCCAGUACCACGCCCAGGACGAGCUCGGCCAGGCCAGCUUCGGCUAUGCUCACCCCGGACAGGCCGCCAGCAACCUCCGUGACGGUUUCGGCAACCAGAUCGGCAGCUACGCUUACAUCAACCCAGAAGGUAAGGAAGUCCGCGUCUCCUACACCGCCGACUCCCGAGGCUUCCGCGUCCUGUCCAACAACUUGCCCGUCGCUCCCGUCGACAAUUCGGUCCCGGUCCAGGACACUCCCGAAGUUGCCGCUGCCAAGGCCGAUCACGCCGCCGCUGUCGCCGCUGCCAAGUCCGGAGUCGCCCCCGUUGUCGCCCUUCCGGCCCCAGUCCAGGACACCCCCGAGGUUGUCGCUGCUAAAGCCGAUCACGCCGCUGCUGUGGCCGCUGCCAAGGCCGCCGCUACCCCGGCCGUCCGUGCUAAGCGCCAAGUCUUUGGCUACGGAGCUGCUCCAUUUUCUUACCCCGGCUAUGCCGUUUCCCCUUACGCCUACUCGGUUGCCGCUCCGGCUGUCUACGCCGCCCCGGCCGUGCCCGUCCGUGAGGCCACUUUGACCAAGACCAUCCUGAACCCCGGCCACGCCACCGCUUACCGCGUCGACUAAACUUUCGGUU